CUCUAAACAAUUUCAAGCUGUGACUUUGCCAACCCAGUUUCAAUAAACAAAAGAAAAUAUAUUUUCUUGAAUUGAACAUUAAAAAUGGCAUCAUCAACUCUAAUGGCGGCUACUGCAAGCUCAAGCUCUGUUCUUAGGCCCACCUCAUUUCUUGGCCAGAGAGGAUCAAAUGCUAACUCUCUUAAAGAUGUUGUCUCCAUGGGAAAUGCCAAGUACCUCAUGGGCAAUGACUUGUGGUAUGGAGCAGACAGAGUGAAGUAUUUAGGACCCUUUUCAGCUCAGACUCCAUCAUACCUGACCGGAGAGUUCCCCGGUGAUUACGGAUGGGACACUGCUGGUUUAUCAGCUGAUCCUGAAGCCUUUGCCAAGAACAGGGCUCUUGAGGUCAUCCACGGAAGAUGGGCAAUGCUCGGAGCCUUCGGCUGCGUUACCCCAGAAGCUCUCGAAAAAUGGGUGAAAGUAGACUUCAAGGAACCCGUAUGGUUCAAAGCCGGAGCUCAAAUCUUCUCGGAAGGCGGACUAGACUACUUGGGAAACCCUAACCUAGUCCAUGCACAAAGCAUUCUUGCAGUUCUUGGAUUCCAAGUUGUUCUAAUGGGACUUGUUGAAGGAUUCCGCAUCAACGGUCUUCCCGGAGUAGGAGAAGGCAACGAUCUUUACCCCGGUGGUCAGUACUUUGACCCUCUCGGCCUAGCCGAUGAUCCCGUCACUUUUGCCGAGCUUAAGGUUAAGGAAAUCAAGAAUGGGAGACUAGCCAUGUUCUCCAUGUUUGGAUUCUUUGUUCAAGCGAUUGUUACUGGAAAGGGUCCUUUGGAAAAUCUAUUGGAUCACCUCGAUAACCCUGUGGCUAACAAUGCUUGGGUCUAUGCUACCAAGUUUGCUCCUGGUUCAUAAAUUUGAUGAUUUAUUUUAGUUUCUUGAUUUUGUAUUUAUGAUUUUAAAACAGAACUCUAUAUGGUUGAGAUCUAAUGUAAAUUUCUAUCUAA